GGUGAAAAAUUAGGUACUUCUAAAGGACUCUAUGUGGACAUUUACGGCGGCAUAAACUACGUAUACGCCAGAGAUUUCGCAGCUGUCAGGUGGAUUCCAAGUAUGGGUUUGUCAGCCGAAGGGCACAAAGUUUUAUUACAGUCGAGAAAUAAGUUGCCAGCAGUUACCAAAAUUUUAGCUGACAGCUCGUACCUACAAGUGUGGGCGAUAAAUGAAAAACCAGACUCAGAUUAUCAACGCUUCACAGUUAGAAUUAACUCGUUAACAUUCUGAAUCAGUUAUAUUUUAUCUUUCGUAAAAUUCAUUUUAAUCAAUAAUAAAUUGCGUUAUUUUUUAUACAAAUUAAAAAUGAAAAUAAUCGAGUAAAUUUGCUUAACUAAUCUAUAGGACAUAUGUUCACUUUAAGCAUACCGGCUGUUCGGAAACAGCAUAAGGAUUUCAUGUCUAUAGUAUUUACCAUAAAAUGUAAUAUUGCUUUCCGGUUUUUUACAUACUAAUGGUAGUAUUAAUUAUACAACAUGGUGCUAUA